AUGGGUUAUGCUGCUGCGAGAUAUGGUCAUGUGAUGUUUCCAGAGAAUGUUCAUGAGCUUGCUCUUCGUUCUGUAGAAAUUUUACUUGAAGGAGUUGGUAAAGACAAUGGAUCCACUGCGAUUGAAAUUGCUCUGAAGAUGGCAUUUCGUAAAUUUUGUCUUGAUCAUGGAAUUAUGGAUGGCAGUGAAAAUAGUGCAAGAAAUGAAAGAAACAUUCAGUUGAAGUCUGCUUCAGAGUUACUUGGUUGCUUACCUGAUAUCGCCUGCUAUGCGAAAUUGAUGACUGGGGGAAUUGUACCAUUAGCUGCAACCUUAGUAACGGAGGAAGUUUUUGAAUCCUUCGAAAGUGACUCUAAGCUUACGGCGCUCUUACAUGGCCAUUCCUACACUGCUCAUGCCAUGGGCUGUACUGCAGCACUAAAAGCAAUGCAGUGGUACCGGGAUCCAUCCACCAAUUCGAACCUUGAUACUGACCACAUGAAGCUCACGGAGGCGUACGCUUCACUCUACGCAAGUUCCUUGGUGCAACAGCUCCGCAAAGAGGAUGAUAUUUACAUUAGGCCCCUGGGUAACGUGAUAUACCUCAUGUGCUUCUAUGCACACCCCAAGAUAGCUGCACUCGACAACUCCUCAAAGUACACCGCAGGCUUUGUGAGCUCAAUUGAGCCGGCUGGGAAUAUAGUUGAUGAGAGCAGAUUUUCGGAGUGGAACAGCCUUGUGCCAACUUAA